AUGGCCUCGGGAGUUGGGCUAGUGACUGUGCCCCGCCAUAUGCGAAGUCCUGGCGAGGAUGGCUAUCGAACACCAACUAUCGAAGAUGCCGACCGCACUAUCUCGAUUCUUGGUGUUACAGACAGCCCUCGAAUCGUUGCUCGUGACGUGCACGCUUCCGCGUUAGAGGAAACUUUGCAAAAACUCUCGUCUAGGACUACCGACCAUCGGUCCAAGAGAGAAUCAAGUGUUUGGGCUGAGCCCAAUGGCCAACAUCUUGAUCGUAUACGUACAGACCCGUCAGCGGAUCAUCUGAGUUGGAAAAAACGAAUUCGGCAUGUCACAUGGGCAUAUUUCACUUUGACCAUGGCCACUGGAGGUUUGGCGAACGUUCUAUACGAAGUUCCAUAUCGCUUCCGAGGACUAGAGACCAUUGGAAUUAUCGUCUUCUUGUUCAAUAUUGUGCUUUAUCUAUUUAUCUGGGGGCUUCUGCUCGCUAGAUUUUAUUUUUAUCCUUAUACCUUCAAGGCCUCAUUCCUUCAUCCAACGGAAUCCCUGUUUAUUCCCGCAUCAAUGGUGUCUUUCGGGACCAUCCUGAUCAAUGUCUCUCAGUAUGGACCAGAAAAGGCGGGCCCGUGGUUGCUCGAAGCUGUGGGCAUUCUCUUCUGGAUUGACUGCAUCCUAGCAGUGUCGUUCUCUGCCGGUAUCUAUCUUAUACUAUGGUCAACACAAACAUUUACAAUCGCCCAAAUGACCCCCAUAUGGAUCUUUCCUGCUUACCCCAUGCUUAUCAUGGGUCCGCAUGCUGGUAUUCUGAGUGGGAAGCUCGAACCUUCACGUUCGCUCCGCAUAAUUGUGGGAGGGAUAACUAUUCAAGGUGUCGGGUUCUUAGUGUCACUAAUGGUCUACUCGGCCUUUAUCUACCGACUCAUGACCCAAAAGCUUCCAAAAGAAAACAUGCGCCCCGGUAUGUUUGUCUCGGUUGGACCUAGUGGCUUUACGGUCGCUGGCCUGGUAAAUAUGGCCUCCGAAGCCAAGCGGUGUUUUCCGGCGGAUUUCAUGGGCAAUGGCCCUCUGGCGGCUGAUAUCUUGAGAGUCACAGUCGACUUUGCAGCCUUGUGGCUAUGGGGAUUGGCAAUAUUCUUCUUUACCAUCGCUAGUGCUGCCCAUUGGUCGGCUAUCGGACCAGGUCGGAUGGUCUUUUCAAUGACCUGGUUCUCAUUUGUUUUCCCGAAUACUGCUUUGAUCACUGCUACUUUUGCUAUUGGGAAGGCAUUUUCUUGUGAUGCCAUUAAUAUCGUUGGGACGGCAGCAGUGCUUCCACUGCUGUUGAUGUAUUUCUUUGUUUGCUAUAUGAUGAUCCGAGCCGUUCUCCAGCACCAAAUCUUGUGGCCACAGAAAGGCGAAGAUCGGGAUGAGGGCGGAUUUGAAAUUCAGCUUGUGAAUCUCGCUGGGGAAGAAUCCGAGGAAAGUACUGCUGUUUAA